UUGCAGCUCGCCACGCCUCGCCUCGUUUUUUCCUCAAUAGUUGUCAGAGCUUCGGGUCACUCACUAGUCGUCGUGAGGCAUCUUCCACUCCCUUUCUUUCUCUCUCUCUGUCUCCCUGUCCUCCACCUUCUCAGGCUCCAGCAUCCUUUCAGCAAAGGCUGAGAAAACCGUGGACCGCGAAGCAGCUCGUAUACUCGAGGUCGCCUGAGCUCUGCAUUAUCCGAGGCAGGAAAACAAACGCAAGUCUUUUCUCCUCAAAAGUUCUCGACUCAAACUCCGACCAUGUCCGGCGAAGACGCACCUGCCCAGCAGCAAAACGCCGAGGAGCAGAAGCAGCAGCAGCAGCAGCAAGAAACCAAGACGCCCGCCGAGUCCCCAAAAACCGAGAGCAAACCAGACCCACCGCCCAGCAGCGCCUCCACCGAGGCCGCCGCCGCCGCCGACACCCCAGCGCCCGCCGAGGAGAAAGCCCCAGAGGAAGACACGUUCAGCUACCGGGCUCUGGUGCUCACCGGCUACGGCGGCUAUGAUAAGGUGAAACUCCAAGUGAAGAAGGGGAAGCCAGCUCUCAAGAGCGGCGAGGUGAUGGUGCGCGUAAAAAUGUGCGGGCUGAACUUCGCAGAUCUGAUGGCGAGACAGGGACUGUACGACCGGCUCCCGUCCCCGCCGGUAACCCCGGGCAUGGAGUGCUCCGGGAUCAUCGAGGCUGUCGGUGAAGACGUGACUGAUAGAAAAGUGGGUGAUAAGGUCCUGGUUCUGAACCGGAGCGGUAUGUGGCAGGAAGUAGUAGUGGUGGCGACCACACACACCUUCCUGAUACCAGAGGGCAUGAGCUUUGAGGAGGCGGCGGCACUUCCUGUCAAUUACAUCACCGCCUACUUGAUGCUCUUCGACUUUGGGCACCUGCGUCCGAACCAGAGUGUGCUCAUCCAUAUGGCUGCAGGUGGGGUGGGCAUCGCUGCCACUCAGUUGUGUAAAACGGUGAAUGAUGUCACAUUGUUUGGCACCGCCUCGGCCAGCAAGCACGAGGUCAUCAGCCAGGGCGGAGUCACACACCCCAUUGACUACCGGACACGUGAUUAUGUGGAGGAGAUCCGUAAAAUCAGCCCCAAAGGCUUGGAUAUUGUUCUGGAUCCUCUGGGAGGCUCUGACACUCAUAAGGGUUACAACCUACUGAAACCAAUGGGGAAGCUCAUCAGCUACGGUGCCGCUAACAUGUUGGCGGGUCAGAAGAAGAACCUGUUUGCGGUGGCUAAGACCUGGUACCAGCAGUUCUCCGUACACACCCUGAGCCUGAUCCAGGGAAACCGCUCGGUGUGCGGAUUUCACCUGGGGUACCUGGACUCUGAGACUGAGCUCAUCGCUCAGGCCAUGGCAGCCGUUAUGGACCUGUACAGACAGGGCAAGAUCAAGCCCCGAAUUGACUCCACCUACCACCUAGAACAGGUUGGUGAUGCCAUGCGUAGGAUGCAAGAGAGGAACAACAUAGGUAAAAUUAUCCUCACCACCGAGCCCAUGAAGGAAGAGGAGAAGAAAGAGGAGGCCAAGAAAGACGAGGAGAAGAAGAAAGAGGACAAGAAAAAGGAUGACAAGAAGAAGGAAGACAAGAAGAAGGACGAUGCCAAGAAGGAGGAGAAAAAGGAGGAGAAGAAGAAGGAAGAGGCCAAGAAGGAUGACAAGAAAGCAGAAGAAAAGAAGGAAGAAACCAAGAAAGAGGAGAACUGAGUGGAGAGAAACAUUGUGGAUGUGCUUUGUGUCCGUGUCAGCGGUUUGGGAGUGGUUUGUGUGUGUGUGUGUGUGUGUGUGUGUAUGGAGGGGUGUAUAGUGUAAUUAGCUUAACCCCAGUUGAUUCCUGACAUUAGCUCUGCAUUUCUGCAAUCAUUCAAUCAAC